AUGGCUAUUGAACCAACUUCUUCAGCUCCUCAGGUUGAAGAUAAAACUCCCAUUCAACAACUUAAAGCUGAACAAGCUGCUUCUGCUACUGCUUCCACCAACAACGACAAUAAGAGCAACAGCAAUGUUGAAAAUGGACAUGGAAACGAAGAACAAGCACCAAAUGGACAUGUUGAUGGAUUGGAACAUCAACUAAACGGUGUUUCAAUGGAACAAGGACAAGGCCAAGGCCACGCUCAAGCUCAAGAAGAAGUCAACUUACAUGCAGCUUGUGCUGAAGGCAGAUUGGAUGAUGUCAGAUCUGUUUUAUCACGAAGUCUGGAAGGUCUUGAAAGUCUCGACAUCAACAGUGGAUGCACACCUAUCGUACUUGCUAUACGAGGAAAUCAUCAUGAUGUAGUCCGAGAACUUCUUUCAGCAGGAGCUAUCAUUCCUCCUCCUGGACUUACUAAUGAUCCAUUAAUGCUUUCAAUCCUUUAUCCCCAACCGAUGUAUGGUAUCCCCCCACAGUUCAUGGGUAUGCCACCUCAAGACUUCUAUCAACAACCUGGAUUCUUCCCUGGACCUGGGCAAUCAUCGGAUCAUCAACAACAUCAACAACAACAACAAAGAGGAAUGUUUAUGCCUCCUCCACCUCUAGGAUUAAGGAAAGAUAGUAUGUUAAAUUCCCCUAAUGGAAACGGUGGAAACAACCAAAGCAAUCUCCCUCCAGCAGAUGUAUCCAAAACGAUCCCUUGUCGAAACUUCCCAAACUGUAAAUACGGCGCUUCAUGUGUUUUCUACCAUCCUAGACAUCAAGCUUUCUUCCCUUCAGGUCCUGCUCCUGUAGGUCCAAAUGGUAACUUCAUUCCUCAGGGUUAUGAGAAUGGUUAUCCAGCUCCAUUCCCUCAAGCCCAAAGCCCUUAUUUCGUCCCUUCGUCAAACCAACCUUUCUCUGCUGAUCAACAACAACAAUCACAGCAACCCGCAUCUGAAACACCUGAACAACUGCAGCAACAACAACAAAAUGAUUCUCAGCAUGAUCAAUCAACUAUACCCGUACAAGUCCCUCAACCCCACGGACAACACGUUCCUUCAGCAAUCGCACCAGUUUUCGUACCAGGAUUCCAACCUCCAGUAGAGAUGAUGUCACCUCCUCCUCCAUCUCAGUUCGGCAUGUCACCUCUCUCACCAUCCAUGUUAGGAACAUCUCUGCCUUCCAUUCCCCCAGCCGAAGCUUUCUUCGCAGCCGCUUCUCCUCCUAAUGGCUUCAUGCCCCCUCUCCCACCUGCUGGGAACAACGUUCCUGCUCACAUCAGACGUCAAAGUUUCGGUCAACAGCAGCAGUUCGGUAUGCCAGGUAAAUCAUUUGGUCACGGUAAGAAGCCCAGCUUCUCCGGUGGAGCCAAACCAUGGAUGGGUAGACCUCCUGCCGCUAACGGUGCCGCUAAACUUGGAAGCUGGAAAGAUGGUGUCCCACCUGCUUGCGCCUUCUUUAAUCAAGGUAACUGUAGGAACGGAGAAUUCUGUAAAUUCCCUCAUCUUGACGCUGAAGGAAAUGAUUGCCGACAUCCGGAUGUAGUCCGAGGAGUUAUUGCUCCCAUGCCUUCUUUCCCUCGACAACCUAGAGGAAUGCGAAUGAUGGGUGGUCCCGGAUUCGGUCCAGUUGAUCCUGCAUUCAGACAACAACAGCAUCAGCAACAAAUCCAGUUCCUUCAACAGCAACGAAUGGCUGCUGCUCAAGGACAACAAGGGCACAACGCUGCUCCCGCUUCUAACGGUGAACCAAACGGUAAUCCCGAUUCAGCUGUAGCUCCUAUCGACGAGGCAUCUGCUCCUUCUGCUGAGCAGAAUGAAUCCGCCACUGCUCCCGUGGAGACUGAAGGUUUCAAUGAUACCGAUGCAUCCAACACCGCCCUUCCCCCUAAACCAGCUGCUGCUGCCGCCGCUCCCAUGCCCAACAUCAUUCGAUCCGCCUCUCAACCUGGUGUUCAGAGAGUCCAUGCGAAUGGUUUGAACUCCCGAUCUCAUUCUCCCGCCCCUUCCAAUGUCUCUUUCCACGGAAAUGGACACCCCAGAAGAGCCGGUUCAAGGGUCCCUCACAUCAAUGGAAACGGCACCGUCCCUAAUGCCAAUGGAUCUCGAUCUUCAUCUGCUGGAGAGAAGAAAAUCCCUUCUGCCACCCUUCAAAGAGUACCUCAAGCCCACGAAUUCCCCGCUCUCGGAACUCCCACUAGCGAGAAGAAGGAGCCUUCAUGGAAUGGGAAGACAGCAGCUCAAGUUUUGUCCGCCCCCGCUCCUCCCAAACCCGUUGAAGUCAAAGUUACUGACGUUGAUGGUGAAGGAAGUGAGAGUGGAAAGAGUGACAAAGCUGAUAGCGUCACCAUGGACUCCGACUCUGAAUCAGACGCAGUGAUCAUCUCUACUAAACCAUCUUCCGCCGCACAAUCCGGCGCAGCCACCCCUGCUCAUACCUCGGCCCCCACUUCUUCAGCAUCUGAAAGCAAGAAAGCUCCCAUCAGCUUCGCUUCCGCUUUAGGAACCGCUAGCAUUCCUUCUCUCGAGUCUGCUCCCGUCGCCCUCAAGGCAUAA